AGGCCAACCCCGCCUCCUCGUCAGCGAUAUUUAAAGGUACAGAGUGCCAACGCGGACAGAGUUUUCUCUUUAGGGCCAAAGUUUGAGCGAAGGUGUCGCAAGGAAUUUUCAAGAAAGUGUUGCUGACAGGUUAUCACAAUGCUGCUGCAGUCGCUAGCGUCGUUCUACCUCCUGGCCGCCGCCACCUUCGCCGUCCCCGCUCAAGAGAAACGCGUCCAUCACCACACCGACCUGAGCGACCGCGUCCACGACGACGCUCAUGACUUUCAGUAUGACCACGAAGCCUUCCUGGGCAAAGAGGAGGCAAAGACCUUUGACCAGCUGACCCCUGAGGAGAGUAAAGACAGACUGGCCAAGAUUGUAGACCGCAUUGACACAGACAAGGAUGGCUUCAUCAACCAUGCAGAGCUGCAUUAUUGGAUCAAACACAGACAGAGGAGGUACAUCGAGGAGAAUGUGAACAAACACUGGAGGGAUUAUGACAAGAACCAAGAUGACAAAAUAGCAUGGGGGGAGUACAAAAACACCACCUAUGGAUACUAUCUUGAUGAGGAGUUUGACGACAUCGAGGACAAGGCCACCUACAAGUCCAUGCUCACCAGAGACGAACGACGAUUUAAGACCGCCGAUCGUGACGGCGAUGGGAUUGCCACGCGCGAGGAAUUCACUGCCUUCCUCCACCCUGAAGAGUUUGAUUACAUGAGAGACUUAGUUGUAAAGGAAACAAUUGAGGACAUUGAUAAGAAUGGCGACGGCAAAAUUAGUUUAUCAGAAUACAUCGGUGACAUGUACACACUAGAAGAGGGAGAGAGUGAGCCUGAAUGGGUCCAGACUGAGAAGAAACAUUUCACCGAUUUCAGGGAUGCCAAUCAGGAUGGUUACAUGGAUUUUAGUGAGGUGGCCCACUGGAUUUUGCCCGGUGAAGUCGACCACGCUGACAAUGAAGCCAAACACUUGAUCCACGAGACAGACACCAACAAGGACGAGAAAAUAACCAAGAGGGAAAUCUUGGCCAACUGGAACAUGUUUGUGGGCAGCCAGGCCACCAAUUACGGAGAAGAUUUGACAAAGAGUCACGACGAACUUUGAUGAGCUGUCACAUUCCAAGCGAAGCUCAUCCACAUUCAAAUUAUUUCACUAGCUCACAAGGGGGUCUACGUGUGAUUGGGUGGGUUACACGACAAGUAUCACGCUUGCAGAAACUAUUCCACAUGCAGUCACAUACUGUGUAUGUCGUUACAGGUGAUUCGUUACUCCCACAUAGCAUUACUGUAGUCAGGUGAACAGUCCAUAAAUAUUUCAAUUAAGGAGGUGUUACAUAAUGUGAAUAUCAUCCGACGUGCACUGCUGACAAAGUGAAACGGUGUGUUUUAAGUUUGAGCUUAGAACGUGGUUUCAACAUUUCUAAAUAACAUCAGACCGUCAUGGUGACAUACACUCCAGUGACCGUUGUUUAUGAGGUCCUGUACUUGAAAUAUUUUCAAUAUUGUACUUAAACCCUCUCAUGUACAACCCCAAUUCCAAUGAAGUUGGGACGUUGUGUUAAAUAUAAAUAAAAACAGAAUACAAUGAUUUGCAAAUCACGUUCUACCUAUAUUUAAUUGAAUACACUACAAAGACAAGAUAUUUAAUGUUCAAACUGAUAAACUUUAUUGUUUUUAGCAAAUAAUCAUUAACUUGGAAUUUUAUGGCUGCAACACGUUCCAAAAAAGCUGGGACAGGGUCAUGUUUACCACUGUGUUACAUCACCUUUUUUUUUACACAACGUUCAAUAAACGUUUGGGAACUGAGGACACUAAUUGUUGAAGCUUUGUAGGUGGAAUUCUUUCCCAUUCUUGCUGCCCUUCAGCAAGGUCUGGACUGCAGGCGGGCCAGUCUAUAGUACCUGCACUCUUUUACUACGAAGCCACACUGUUGUAUCACGUACAGAAUGUGGUUUGGCAUUGUCUUGCUGAAAUAAACAGGGGCAUCCAUGAAAAAGACGUUGCUUGGAUGGCAGUAUAUGUUUCCCCAAAACCUGUAUGUAUCUCUCAGCAUUAAUGGUGCCUUCACAGAUGUGUAAGUUACCCAUGCCAUUGGCAGUAACACAGCCCCAUACCAUCACAGAUGCUGGCUUUUGAACUUUACGUCCAUAACAGUCCGGAUGGUUCUUUUCCUCUUUGGCCCGGAGGACACGAUGUCCACAAUUUCCAAAAACAAUUUGAAAUGUGGACAGAACACUUUUGCACUUUGCAUCAGUCCAUCCUAGAUAAGCUCGGGCCAAGAGAAACCGGCGGCGUUUCUGGGUGUUGUUGAUAAAUGGCUUUUGGUUUGCAUAGUAGAGUUUCAAGUUGCACUUACGGAUGUAGCGCCGAACUGUAUUUACUGACAUUGGUUUUCUGAACUGUUCCUGAGUCCAUGUGGUGAUAUCCUUUACACAUUGAUGUCGGUUUGUGAUGCAGUGCCGCCUGAGGGAUCGAAGGUCAUGGGCAUUCAUUGUUGGUUUUCGGCCUUGCCGCUUACAUGCAGUGAUUUCUCCAGAUUCUCUGAACCUUUUGAUGAUAUUAUGGAGCGUAGAUCAUGAAAUCUCUAAAUUCCUUGCAAUUGUACAUUGUCCUUAACUGUUGGACUAUUUUCUCACGCACUUGUUCACAAAGAGGUGAACCUCACCCCAUCGUUGCUUGUGAAUGACUGAGCAAUUCAGGGAAGCUCCUUUUAUCAUGGCACCCACCUGUUCCCAAUUAGCCUGUUCAGCUGUGGGAUGUUCCAAACAGGUGUUUGAUGAGCAUCCAUCCAUCCAUUUUCUGAGCCGCUUCACACUAGGGUCGCGGGCGUGCUGGAGCCUAUCCCAGCUGUCAUCGGGCAGGAGGCGGGGUACACCCUGAACUGGUUGCCAGCCAAUCGCAGAGCACAUACAAACAAACAAGCAUUCGCACUCAGACCUACGGGCAAUUUAGAGUCUCCAAUUAAUGCAUGUUUUGGAGAUGUGGGAGGAAACCGGAGAAAACCCACACAGGCACGGGGAGAACAUGCAAACUCCACACAAGCGGGGCCGGGGAUUGAACCCGGGUCCUCAGAACUGUGAGGCUGACGCUCUAACCAGUCGGCCCCUGUUUGAUGAGCAUUCCUCAACUUUCUCAGUCUUUUAAGUUAAUGAUUAUUUGCUAAAAACAAUAAAGUUUAACAGUUUGAACAUUAAAUAUAUUGUCUUUGUAGCAUAUUCAAUUAAAUAUAGGUUGAACAUGAUUUGCAAAUCAUUAUAUUAUUUUUUUAUUUAUGUUUAACACAACGUCCAACUUCAAUUGGGGUUGUAUGAAAAUUGACUUUCUUGAACCAAAGAUUUUAGCAGUUGUCUUUGACUGAAUUACAAUGUAACAAUUAUCUAAUUAAGUUGUUGUUGAGUGUAAGAUGUUCGUAAUAAAAAAAUAAUAAUAAUGUUACUGUGGAAUGGACAAACAAAUAAACUUUUGUACUUUU